AAUACACCUCCAUAGAAGAAGGCCGGUCGGCGAAAGCGCUGCGUGGAAAAUUUACGAAAUCCUAACAAAUUUAGGUAUUUGUCUUUUGUAGUUUCCGAUAAUACAACGCUAUAUGGUAUUCAUAUAAAGUUCCCUGAUUCUUAUCACCGUUUGUCAUUAAGGGUAAUUUUUAGAUAGACUCAAAGAGAGAACCACCAUGCCGCCUGGGCCUGUUCAAAUUGUCCAGCCGGACUCCAACGGCAAGGCUGAUGAACCAAUAGAAGAAACUCCAGCCAUCAAGCCCAUUGUUGGUAUCAUCUAUCCACCUCCUGAAGUCCGAAACAUUGUUGACAAGACAGCCAGUUUUGUUGCCAGGAAUGGGCCUGAGUUUGAAGCAAGAAUCCGUCAAAAUGAAAUUAAUAAUCCAAAAUUUAAUUUCCUCAACCCAAAUGACCCUUAUCACGCCUACUACCGUCAUAAGGUCAAUGAAUUCAAGGAGGGCAAAGCACAGGAACCGUCUGCAGCAGUACCUAAGGUUAUGCAGCAGGCUAUGCAACAGUCCCAGCAGCUUCCACAAAAGGUGCAGUCCCAAGUGAUCCAUGAGACAGUGGUUCCCAAAGAACCGCCGCCUGAGUUUGAGUUCAUUGCUGAUCCCCCGUCAAUCUCUGCAUUUGAUCUUGAUGUUGUGAAACUGACAGCCCAAUUUGUUGCUCGCAACGGCCGCCAGUUUCUCACUCAGCUAAUGCAAAAAGAACAAAGGAACUACCAGUUUGACUUCCUGAGGCCACAGCACAGCCUUUUCAACUACUUCACUAAACUGGUGGAACAGUAUACCAAGAUUCUGAUCCCACCCAAAGGUCUGUUGUUGAAGCUGAAGCGAGAAGCUGAGAAUCCAAGAGAGGUGAUGGACCAGGUGAGGUACCGUGUUGAGUGGGCAAAGUUCCAGGAGCGUGAGAGGAAGAAGGAGGAAGAAGAAAAAGAGAAGGAACGAGUGGCAUAUGCCCAAAUUGACUGGCAUGACUUUGUAGUAGUGGAGACAGUGGAUUUCCAGCCCAAUGAGCAAGGCCACUUCCCCCCACCCACCACACCGGAAGAACUUGGUGCUCGCAUCCUGAUCCAGGAGCGCUAUGAGAAGUUUGGCGAGAGCGAGGAAGUAGAGAUGGAAGUUGAAAGCGAAGAUGAAGACGAUGAGCAUGAGGAUCGGGAUGAAGGCCAGCCUUCGCAACCUGAUCAAGACACACAGGUGCAGGACAUGGACGAGGGCUCUGAUGAAGAGGAUGAGGGUCUGAAGGCACCUUUGCCACCAGACAACCCCAUGCCACCCCCACUGCCUCCUACUCCAGACCAGGUUAUCAUUCGCAAAGACUACGACCCAAAAGCUUCCAAGCCCCAGCCUUCAGCUGCAACUCCAGAUGAAUACCUCAUCUCGCCUAUUACUGGUGAGAAGAUCCCAGCAAGUAAGAUGCAAGAGCACAUGCGUAUCGGUCUGCUGGACCCCCGCUGGCUGGAGCAAAGAGACCGCAGCAUCAGAGAGAGACAGAUCGAGGAUGAAGUUUAUGCCCCUGGUCUGGAUAUUGAGAGCAGUCUGAAACAACUGGCUGAGAGGCGUACUGAUAUCUUUGGUGUGGAGGAGACAGCCAUUGGUAAGAAGAUUGGUGAAGAGGAAAUCCAGAAGCCCGAGGAGAAGGUCACUUGGGAUGGUCACUCCGGAAGCAUGGCACGUACCCAGCAGGCUGCACAGGCCAACAUAACCUUGCAGGAGCAAAUUGAGGCCAUCCACAAAGCCAAAGGGCUCGUGGGGGAGGAUGAUACUAAAGAGAAAAUUGGCCCAAGCAAGCCCAGUGAAAUUCAUCACCAGCCUCCCAUUCCCUCCUCUGCCCCCAAUCUUCCUAAACCUAACCCUCCUAUCACAACUGUGCCUCGCCCACCUCCCUCUAUGCCACCUCCAGUGCGCACCACUCUCCUAUCUGCUGUACCUGUGAUCCCAAGGCCAAUGGCCCCUGUUGUGCGUCUUGCCCCUGGGCAAGUUUUGACACCCAUGCCUCCUAUGAUUCAUGCUCCCCGCAUUAAUGUGGUGCCAAUGCCACCAUCAGCACCCCACAUCAUGACUCCUAGACCACCCCCCAUGGUGGUCCCAGCUGCAUUUGUCCCUGCUCCUCCAGUACCACAGCCCCCGAGCUCUACCCCCGCUCCACCUUCCCAUCCACCCCCACCUCAUGAGGACGAGCCUGUCAAUAAGAAGAUGAAAACAGAGGACAACCUCAUGCCAGAGGAAGAGUUCCUACGCAGAAACAAGGGUCCUGUUGCAGUCAAAGUACAAGUACCCAACAUGCAGGACAAGACCGAAUGGAAGUUGAGUGGACAAGUGCUCAAUUUCACUGUCCCCCUUACAGAUCAGGUUUCUGUCAUAAAAGUCAAAAUUCACGAAGCCACAGGUAUGCCAGCUGGGAAACAGAAGUUGCAGUAUGAGGGCAUUUUUAUCAAAGAUUCCAACUCACUGGCAUAUUACAACAUGACUAACGGUUCAGUCAUUCACUUGGCAUUGAAAGAGAGAGGUGGGAGAAAGAAAUAAGCCAUGCAACAAGAAGGACAUUUUCUUUUCUUUUUUUAAUGAAGUUCCAUAUGUUGUUGGGUUUUUUGCCAAUCAAUGUUUAAGUUUGAGCUUAUUUCUCAAUAUUAUCUUUCUGUCUUUACAUAAUUUUCAUUUGUAUGUCUACAACCUCUAGUCAGAAGUCCUGCAACAGGGCAAAAAAAAAAAUCUGAAACUUUAUUUCUUAACAUCAAUUCAAGUGCAUGGAUUAAAUAAUUUGUAGCCUGGCAAUGUUCUAUGCUGUGCUUGUGUCAUUCUGUAAAGAGCAUGUAUAGCACCAUUUAUCAGUUGAAUAAAUUAAUA